CCCAACAGACAUUAAAAAAGCUCACAUUGGGCAGGGGCAGGACACCAACACAAGUGAUCUAAUCUAUGGAAUUUUGAAUCAAAUCCAGCCUUCUAAUGAUUUCCCUGACUCCUUUGACAUCAUUGACCUGACCAGAGCAGCUCCUAAUGUUUUCCCACAAACAGAGCCUGAGCACAUCUACCAAGUUACUUUUGAAGAGGUUCCAGAAGUAGACGAUGCAGAUACAGUUGUAUGGGAUCUGGAAGAUGACCUUGGCAGCGCAGAUGGAGAUGAGACAGUUGUGAUCACAUUCGAUUACGUCAGCAGCGAGGAUGUCACACAGAGUACUGAAAUGAAUGGACUCCCAUUGCCCUCAGCUAAUGACCUGCCUACACUAGCUGUGCAGUCCAUACAUGGGGAGGCAGUGCAAACUGCACAGGACAGUGGGCUGAAUCUUCUACCACAAGAUUUGCCUGUAAAUCCAGGCAGCCAUCUUUCCCCAUCAACAUCACCUGACAACCCAGGAAAUCCAGAGAGCACACGUUGUGCAUCAAUUCGCAGGAUUAAGGUUGUUGAAGAUCUUUUGGCUGUAUUUAUGGACAGCAGCAUAAUACAUUUGACUCUAAAGAUGGACUUUGUAAAUGAAAAGGCAACUGAUGAUGCUGGAGUGUCAAGAGAAGUUUACACUGCAUUCUGGGAACAAUUUCUUGAACAGUGUGAAGGGGAAACGGAGCGAGUGCCAAGGAUGGAUAUGGGUGAAAGGAUUAUUAGACCAUGGUGUCAUGCCAGUGAGGCUAUCAAAGGCCUUCAUCUUAGCCUGCAUUCAUGGCAUUGACUCAGUUGAUGUAGACAUCCUGAUGACAUCAUUUCUCAACUACCUUCCUCCUGUUGAGAGAUCAGCUGUUGAGAAGGCUCUUCGGGGCACAAUGGAGGAAAGUGAUGAAGAAGACUUGCUUGACCUCUUUACAAGGAUGGGUUCCCAUUUCAUACCUGAAAGGAACAGCAUGCAACCUGCCAUAGAAACAAUGGCUCACAAAGCUAUUCUACAAGAGGCAAAAUAUAUAAUUGAUUGCUUCUCCACACCCAUGGCACUUUUACAGCAGAAACUAUCAGACAAGGAAAGUGUGUUGUCUCUGUAUGAGUCAAAGAAAGCCACAGGCAAAAGAGUGUUGCAACUUUUUGAAACAAUAAAGGUGGUGCUGUCUCAGAGAGAGCAGGCAACCUUUAACCAACGUUAUGUGAAAAAUGCUGACCAAACCAAAGCUGAAAAAAUCCUGCGUUUCUGUUCUGGUUCUUCUGUCAUAUGUGUUGACAAAAUUAUGGUAUGUUUUAAUGCUGAAACUGGACUUAACAGAAGGCCUGUUGCUCAUACCUGUGGUGCUACCCUUGAAGUACCAUGCACAUACAGCUCUUACCCUUUGAAAUGGACAUCCUCUGAACUUGAGAGCAGAGUCCUGAUCAGGCCUCUUAGUAACAGGCCUCUUUAUUGUAUGGUUGGUUAUAUUUUGUUUAAAAUUCUUGUUUGUUUUGUCAUUGAAACAUUUGAUGCACUGAACCCUGUGUAGAGCAGUCUGCAAUUAUAUUCUCUUUUUGUGCAAUACUACACCACCAUACUUCACAUGGAUUUUAUUUUUUGAAUUAUGGUUUAAAAAUGACUGCAUAUUUUAUUUCCAUCAGUUUGACUCUAUCAUGAGCUUCAUUGUUGAGCUUUUUUUUUAAGAUACAAUGAGUUAUUACAGAGUUGUCCAUCACUGAUAUAAUUGUUGAUGUUAAUGUGUUAACAAGUGAUACCUGUUUGAUUAUUCAGGGGAAAACAGUUUGAAGGUUAAUGUUUACAAAAUCUGUAGCUGGUGUGGCCUGUGUAAAACUUGGCUAUUAUCUUACCUCAGCACUGCAUUAUAACAUUGUAUCUUCUUAGAAAUAAUGUGUGUGCAUUUUUGCCAUGAAGUGACCUUUAUGCAGAUUGCAAUUUUUUUCAGAUUUUUAAGUUCUCAAUUGGUCUUAAUUACUAAAAACAAACUGAUAAGGCACAUUUUUGUUUUAUCCAUGGUUGCAAGACAGGAUUUCAUGCUGGGAAAAAUACAGGAUAAUUUAGUAAUAAAAAUAUUUUCACUGUUAACAAAAAUGUGCUCAUUCUGUUUUCUUUCACAGCACAGGUUGUUCAUGCAGAUAUCUUGAUUGUGUAUUUCUGUCAACUAGAUGUCACUUGAUGCUUGUACUACUUGAUUCUAGAAGUAAUAAAAGUCCUGUUAAUUAUCACAG